AUGGCCAUUUCCUGGUCCAGGAUUCAUGAUGGUUUUGAAGGUUCAUUUAUGGGACACUACAUCCUCGUGAUGGUGGAUGCUUUUUCCAAGUGGGUAGAAGUUCACCCUGUUCCGUCACCAUCUGCAGAGGCCACGAUCUCUGUGUUCAGGACUGUCUUUUCUCAACAUGGUCUGCCAGACAUCAUUGUCUCCGACAAUGGGCCAGCGUUCACCAGCAGCCAGUACGCUGACUUCCUGAACAGGAAUGGCAUCCGUCGCAUGAUGGUGCCACCAUAUCACCCUGCUUCUAACGGGGCUGCAGAGCAGGUAGUACAGACUAUCAAAGAUAAACUGAAGAAAAGCACACCGGAUCAGCCAGCUGAGCAACAAACAACAGCGCCUGUGGAGCCUGCAGGAGCUGCUGCUGAGCCAGAACAGCCACCAAGUCAACUGAGCUGCCAGCAGCAGUCUUCCCAUUGGAAGGAAGCCCUGUCGCACUGA